CCGCUGCGCUAGCCGGGGAGAGGCCAUGUCGCGGGGCCGCUGCGCCUCGCUGCUGCUGCUGCUGCUGCUGCUGCUCGCCGCCGGCUGCCGCGGCGCCGGCCCUCAAGACGCCGUCGUGGACUUGAAGUCCGCGGCUCCAGGCCAGCCCUACCUUUCCGCGGCCGGCGGGGACCCCCCCGACUUCAGCCAGCCAAUCAGGAACGUGACCGUGCCGCUGGGGAGGGAGGCGGUGCUCACCUGCUCCGUCGCUCAUCUCGGCAACUACAAGGUGGGCUGGCUGAAGGCGGAGGACCAGACCAUCCUGACGCUGCACAACAAGGUGGUGACGCACAACUCGCGGGUGAGCGUGUCGCGCGACGGCGACCACACCUGGAGGCUGCACCUCCGCCAGGUGAAGGAGGCGGACCGCGGCUGCUACAUGUGCCAGAUCAACACCAGCGUCAUGAAGAAGCAGGUCGGCUGCGUCGACGUGCACGUGCCGCCCGGCAUCGUGGACGCCGAGUCGAGCAGCGACGCGACGCUGCGCGAGGGGGACAACGCGACCCUGCGCUGCCGGGCCGAGGGCCGCCCGCCGCCGCGCAUCAUGUGGCGGCGCGAGGACGGCGAGCUGCUGACCCUGAGGAAGGGCCCGCGCGACGUGGCCAAGGUCGACAUGUUCAGCGGAGACACGCUGUUCCUCAUGAAGAUCGACCGCACCCAGAUGGGCGCCUACAUGUGCAUAGCAUCGAACGACAUCCCGCCGGCGGUCAGCAAGAGAAUCUCCCUCCACAUAAACUUCCCGCCGGUGGUGAAGGUGCCCAACCAGCUCCUGGGCGCGCCGUUCGGGACCGACGUGCAGCUCGAGUGCCACGUGGAGGCCUUCCCCAACACCAUCAACUACUGGCUCAAGAACAGGCAGGAGAUGCUGCUCAGCGAAAAAAAGCACAUGAUAGAAGAGAUUCGCAGCUCUUACAAAGUACACAUGAAACUCAUCAUCAAGGCAUUGGGGAAAAGUGACCUAGGCACGUACACUUGUGUCUCAACAAAUUCUUUAGGACAUGCGGACGGAACAAUUAGACUCUACGAAAUCAAAGUUUCUACUCGAAUGCCAAUCAUCCCUCACACAAAGCAAGCAAUCACAACCCCAGGAUUUACUGUGCCAAACAGGAGUUACACUUCAUUUGAGUUCAACAGUUUCGUAACCACAACGAAUGAUCCGCGGCGGGCGGCGGCGACGACGACGGAAGGCUCGCCGGAGCAGAACCAUCUCUUGCCGGAGUUCAGCUACGAAGUGGCAGCGGACGUGGCUUCCGGGGCUGCCUGCCGGACCCUGGCUGGCCUCUUCGUCCCUCUCCUGCUGUUGCUCAGCUGAUACCGCUGAGCCGCCACUCCCCCUUCCUGUGUCGACCAGCGUGAGCCCCGUACUGAGGCUUGUAGGUUUCAGUCACCUCCAAGUCAUAAUGUCUGCGCAUCUCCAGACUAACAAUUCCUAAUGACCCUGGUACAGGAUGUCUACUAAACUGCAGAUUUAAGUAUCAGCAAAAUCUAUUGCCACAAGCAUGGUUCCAGAGGGUCUUGGGAAGAGGGCAGGGGAGUAGAGGCAAUAGCCCAUCCCAAGCCUGAAUUUUAUUUUAUUUAUAAGGUAUAUUUAAUUUUAAAUAUGUGUUAAACUUUUCUUUCAUCAAAAGAUUUUAUGAAAAUAUUAAUUUUCUGUAUUUAAGACCAUAAAUAUUCUAAAUAUUCCAAGGCUAAUCUGACUUAUUUAAUAUCCUGUUUUAAACUGCAUCAUUUUAUUUUGUAAGAUAGCCCCUUCCAAAACUCUUUCUGGAGCUGCCCUUGAUCGCCACCUUGUGUACUUCAAUGAUUGAAAAAUGAAUAAACUACUAGAAUGUAACAAAUAUCUGCAAUUGAUGCUAGACCUACCCCUUUAUAAAAAUAUUUUGCUUGUGCAUGUGUGAAACAUACUUUAAUGACUAAAACAAACAAAGAAAAAAGAAAAUUAUUGACUUUAUGGACUUCACUGAUCUCUCAGCAGACACAUUGCUGAAGACGCGAUUACAAUUAUGACCGGAAAGUCCUUGCUAUUUACCACUCUUGAUACUGCUGAAACCUACAAGUCAAGAAUGAAACUUUAGAUAAUAGCUGUGGAAAUAUGCAAAGUUCUCGAGCAUUCAGUUAGCAUUAAGCUGAAAAUUUCCCGAAAUCCUGUUUCUUCCAGCAUUUUGCCUACCUAUCCGACACAUAUCAAUAUUCAUUAUCGUGGCAGUGGACCUAACUACUUAUAUUUAGGUCCAAUCACGUCUGAAUGGAGGAACACACAAACAUUAAAUUUUUUUUUUCUUAUUACUUCAGUUUAAAUAACCCAUUUCAAUGAGACACUGUGACCUUGCAGUACUGUUUGAGUGUGAAAUUCUUUGGGCACAGCAGUGAAAAUGUGCCCGGGUGAGACAAAACAUGGCAUGUUUCCCAGAGCUAUAAACUGUUAAAAUUCCUACUUACUGUAACCUCCACGUCUUGCACUUGAAACGGACGUUGAUACUGCGUCCUCACAACAAGGAACAUGCUCCUGGGCAGAGCAGCCACACGCUGACAUCACAUUCGACCACAUUGUCAUACAAAACUCAAAUUCUGUUACUUCAGGCUUGAGUUCACACACCUUGUUGAUAUAUUUUGUUUUUUUCCUCAUUACUUUUUUUUUUUAAAUGUUUCUUAAAUUUUAACUUAACAACUCCCUUGCAUUUUUUUGUUCCACCAUAAAUAAUUUCAACAGAUAUUCACAUAGUGUAAUACCCUGGCUGUUAAAAUGUGUACAAGUCUUUGUAACAUCAUUACGUGCACAACUUCUUACACCCACAAUAUUACACUUAAUGACUAUCUGUUGAAAUUAUUUGUGGCAGAACAACAAAAGCAAAGAAGUCAUUGAGUUAAAAUUUACAAAUUUAAAUAAAAGUAAUAACAAAAAACCAAAAAAAUAUCAACAUGGCAUGCAAAACCAGUCUUAGGGUACAUAGCCUGCAGUUAAUUUACUCUUCAACAUUUCAAACCAUUUUAAUAAAGUGCCAAAUAACUUUUUAAUUUUUUUUCAGGCAAAAAAAAAUUAUUUUAAUAAGAUAUUUCAUUUCCAACAUACUGAUGUCAACCCUCUUGACUUGUACCGAAACAUGAACGGCGACACUGGCCACAGAAUGCUUAUCACAUUGUGGUUGCAGUCGAAUGGCCACCCAUUAUGAAAAUACAUAUUUGUUGUUGUAGCAUAAUUCAUUUGUGGACUGAAAUAAAUUGUUUUUUAAAAAAAAAAUUGAUUUUUUUUUUAUGUCUAUAAUCAAAUUGUUACCUCUCUCCAUUCACAACUCCUACAUCAACAAUUAAAAAUAGUUUCAAAAUAACAUCCCAAAAAUUGAUUCCUAAUAAAAUCCUAUGACUAUUAAUUGAUCUUUAACAGAAAAAUUUGUAAACAAAAUGUGGUAAUUAAUGAUAAAAUGACCUAUUUUGUUAAGUAAAGAAAUAUACAUAUUUCAUUUAUGUUAUGUUUAUAUAGAAAAUGACUACAAGUAUGUGUAUUCUAGUGUAAUUCAAACUAUAAGUAAUUAAAUAAAAAACUUGAAACUCAAAAUGAUAUGAAAAUAUAAAGCAAAGAGAGAUUUGAUACUAGGCUAUUUCCCAACUAUUUUACUUGUUUUAUGUUCUUGUAAGGAGUAAUCAGCAAAAGUCAAGAUGAAUGUAUGAAAAUAUUGUUUUUUUCAAGAAAAUUAAUUAAUUCACCUAUCAUUAUGCAUUAUAUUAUAUGCAAUUGAUUCUAUCAGAUUUACACAAAAUUUUAAACUACUGUUUAGGUUGUUACUUUCAUGAAGUGAUCUCCCAAUUAAUUUAGAAAUUUUAACAUGUUUUUGUGAGAAAAAAAAUCUAGCGAGUUCAGUCACACCAUAGAGUCAUGAACAAAGGAUGACAGCACGAAAAAAAAAAUGAACAGCCAGUUUCAAGUGUACAGAUAGUGGUAUUUCCGCCAUCAUAAAAAAAAUACUACAAGCAAUCAAACAUAUUCCUUUGACUGCAUUAAAAAGAGGUAAGCCAUCAACAUAACAGUGCCAAAUAAAUAAAAAAUAUACAAAAACAAUACAGAGAUCUCCUAGGAUAUUCCAAAUACACCUAAAAGCAUACAAGAAGUUGGUUUGAGGGGUCAAAAGCUUUUCUUCCCAGUCUCCUUCGACAAUUACCCACCAUAACAUUACACUGUUGUAUACCAACUAUCCAGAUUAUUAUAUGUAUAUAAGUGUAAGUGUGUGUGUGCAUUUAUUUAUUUAUAUGACACGUCAUAAAAAACUGUCAAAAGUAAAGUCUUAGUUCAGCAGAUGAUUUAGAACCUCAUUAAAAAAUACAGUAUGUCCAUAAAAGAAUUUCCCAGUUAUAAAAUUUAAUAGUAUCAAAUGUAAGCCUUGUAGAGUGUGGUUCAAGGUCACAAUUAAAGAGCAACUCAAACAGUUUUAGAUAAGAGCAUGCACAAAUACUGCUUUGUUGUUUUCUCACUCACAGCACAAACAAAUAGCUCUUACUACAAUUAGUAGAGGGUGAACCUACAAAAUUUAUUUGGCAACAAGACGGAACCCCUCCCCAUUGAAAUCUCUUUGUACAAGAGUGGUUGAACGUCGAAGUCCUUGACCGCUGGACUGGUCGUAAUGGUCGAGACGACAGAGCUCUUUUUCGCUGGCCUCCACGUUCAAAUGACAUAACGCCAUGCAAUUUUUUUUCCUUCAGGGCUUUAUAAAAGAUUGUGUCUACAUUCCACCGUUUCUGAAUGAUUUUCCAGAGUUGAGAACCAGAAUUGAAGUGGCUAUUGCUUCGAUAAAUUCAGACCUAUUAACCAAAGUGUAGUUGGAAUCUAAGAAUUUGACUUUAGGUAGGAUGUGUGCUGUAUAACUAAAGGUGCACGUAUUGAAUAGUAUUUAUAAAAAAAAUAGGUCAUUUUAACUUCAACUUGAUGUAUGAUUUGGUGUAAAUAGUCUAUAUUAAAUUUUUACAAUAUACCAUUGAAACAGGAUAUUCUUUUAUAGACACCUUGUACAUUAAGCUCA